GACUACACUCGCAAUGUCGUCACACAUCCGAUGUGCUGCAGACACGGAACACGUAGUGUACUGCCAAAUAACAAGAUCAAUCUUGUCUUCAGACAUUCAACAAAUCUGUUGCAUGUAGGUCAAUAGGCUACGCGCAUUAAACGAAUUGUGAUUUCUUGUGAGAAGGUGAAACUCGGCAGCCCAUACGUGUACACCCUCGUUUUGGUGACAAGGCAGCAACAUAGGCAAAAUGAGAACCCUUUCAGUGACGUCGUUGGUGAUUGUCACGUGGCUAACGUUACCAUUGAUCACCAACUCACAGGAUGCACAGCCCUCUGAUAUCAUAUGCUAUGCGUGUACCUACCGCACUGUAGCCAGUGCAGUCGUCGGUGCACACUGUAACGAUCCCAUCAAUUCGGCAGUAUCAGCUAAUAUCACCUGCGACUCCAUGUGCAUGAAACGCACAUAUAAGGGAGGGGUGGAGCAGAUCAGGCGAGGCUGUUACUCGGACUUACGGGAACCCGGCCCGUGCGAGACCUACUAUGACAAACCAGUGCCUGGAUCAGACCCCCCAGAGACUGUGACACAAGUAUGCUGUCAGGAGUCAUACUGUAACCAUGGCAACAUCCACACCUUAGGUUUAGUCACUCUGAUACUCACUAUGUUUAGUAUCCUACUCGUCAAGUGGUUUGGAUGAUGGCGGUAAACAAGUCAUCGACUGCAACAAUGCUGCAUGUAAUCAUGUGAUUAUGAUCACGUGAUAUCAAUUCAGUUUUCCUGCAUGUUUUGAUUUGAAGGAAAAAAGCAUGCUAAAAAUUCAGAUGCAUGUGUUAAAGGAAUAUCACUACCAUAACGUUAAAAUUGUAAAGUUUUCAAAAUAUGAAUAUUUUACUACAUAAUAUGUUGGAUUAAGUGGUGUGCAUUUCCGUGAGUACGGGAAUCGGUAAACUAUUUGAGAAAAGUACGGAUACCCGGGUACAUGUAAAAGAAACCCAACCGCAAAAUUCAAAUCCCGGAAGUUGUGUGAAGGGUUUUCAUAGCUUUAUGGUGUAAACUACAAUUGUCACGAGCGUCAUCUGUCGCGCGUCAAAUACAUAUCAACGUGAAAUCAGUGUUGGUUUAACAUGUAGCCUGGCUUUUAAUUUGAAAAAAAAACACACAAAAUGGCAUUCAAAUUAGUUCUUUGACAUUGUCUUAUAAGUUGUUAAGUAAUUUAUAAAAUUGGGUAUGGGCGUAACCGAUUACAUAAUCUGGAACUGGUUCCUGACAUCAGUGGUCGGGUAUACUCGGGUACCCGGUUGCGAUGCACACCAUAUAGGUGGUUUUUGAGUCAAGUUGCAUGUCCUGGAUUGAUGGGUAUGUUCAGCCGUAACAUACCCUUGCAAACCAGCAAGUAACAGUUUAAAAACUUUGUAAUUUUACGCUAUUUUCAAUACCUACAUGAAACGUCCACUUACGACGAUGAUAGUAUUGAAAGGGAUAAUAACUCGACAUUUAACACCCCCC